GUGUAAAAAAUUUAUGCUACUAUCAUAUGCUUUUUCAAACAAUUCUCACUUGAACAGCAGAGGAUAACCGACCUCGCAAGCUGGUCUACAUAAAAAUGGAAAUGGAACGGCUGACACAGCGCAUCGACGAGUAUCCGGCCGCGGUCGAAGAGGACGAUCUGGACAAGGUGCGGGCCCUGCGCAAGGAGCUGCAACAGUUGGACGACGAAUUCCGGAUGAUUUCGAAGGCAACCGCCGGCGAGUGCAAACCACGGGUCAGCGGUUUCCAGUUUCCCAUCAGUAGUGAGGAAGACAUCGAACGACUCGAAUCGGCCGUCCGAAUAGAUCCCGAUGUUCGUGCUCAAUAUGUCGACUAUUUGAGCGUCAUCAAACCACUGCGGUUGAGUGUGUUACAAGCGUUCAAUAAAUUCUUCACAGAUGAAGCCAUGACCAAUUACAACUGGCACGGACUGGAGAAGGCAGAGUUCCCGCGAACACCGAAAAGAGGCAUGCAGAAGUACGAGAUAUUCUACGCUUGCAUGAUCGCUGCCUGGGAAAGUCACGGAAUCGACAACGAAAGCCUUGUCGAGCAGCUGAAGAAAACUGUCUACCACAUCAACCGCCGCCGGUACACGAAAAAGCAAGCCAUGAAAAAGAAGUUCAAGAUCGUGGAAGUACAAGAAUGAAUUUUCUAUCCAUGUAUUCUAGUACCGUGUUCUGAAAUAAACUCUGAUUUGAGCUUCCUACCUGCCAUGAAAUUGUUCCAGUAGAUGGACUUACUGGUCGAAUCUAGUACACACCGACCGAUUCUAUUACUAACUUGCAUAUUUCGAUAUCCUAGAAGGCAUGGCCCAACGAGUGCUGCUGUUGAAGGGUGCCCUGCGGAAACUGAAGCGCGACCAGAACCGGAACCGAUCACCGACACGUUCCGAGCGGAUAAGGCAGGUGCAGCGACAGAUACGGCAGAUCGAUACGGAAUUCCGUCAGCUGACUAGUGACGAUUUGAAAAAACCCGUCCGUGUGAAUGGAUUUUCCUUUCCCAUGUCCUGCGAGGAGGACAUCGAGCGACUCGAACUCAUGGUGGAACGAAACCCAAGUAUUCGAGAGCAAUUUGUUAACUAUCUGCGUAGGAGAAAACCAUUCAGCGAAUCGGUUGAGGAGUGUUUCGGUUACUUCUUCAAGGAUGAGGCUAUGCUGCGGUACAACUGGAAAGGGCUUGAUCGCAACCAGUGUCCCCGAAAAGCGAUGAUGAAUUAUCACAUCUUUACCGACUGCAUGAUGGAUGCCUGGGUUACACAUGGAGUGCAGAAAGACGUUCUUCAAAAUGAGUUACGGAAAACAGUUUUCAAAAUCAGCCGAAGACGAUAUUCUAACAAGUGCGCCAGGAAGAAGAGGUCUAUUGACAGAUCAUCAAACUAUGGGCCGAAAUGUGAUGAUUAACUUGAAUAAACAUGUUUUCUUUAAGCACUAAGCUGUAUUUGAUGAAAUAAUCC